AUGUCAACAUAUUCAAUUCCACAUAUAAAUGAAAUGAACGGAAAUUACAAUAACUCAAUACCAGGCUCUAACAGUCUGCAAUCUCAACAGCAACAACUUUAUCCACAACAUCCACAACCCUCAACUCAGCAACAACCUCAGCAGCAGCAACAACAACCAUAUACAUCUUAUUAUAUGUACAAUCAACAAAAUCCUCAACAAGAUUAUAAUAAUUAUCGUUAUCAAUAUCCAACAUCUCAACAAUCUAAUUAUUAUCAACAACCUCAACAACAAGGUCAAGUUCCUCCCUCUCAACCUUAUAAUAGAAAUUAUACAAGUGCUCCUCAAGUACCACCCACAACUAAUGCUUCAUCAUCUAUACCUCAACAAUCACAAACACAACAAUCUCAACAACAAUCCCAACCACCACAAGUUCCAACAUCAGUUCAAACUCAACCCCAACCUCAAACAUCACAAACACCAGCUCAACCUCAAUCUCAACCUACUCCAUUACAAGAUACUUUAAAUCCAGGAGUUACUUCAACAAUUGGACAAUUUCAACCACCAGGUAUUAGACCAAGAGUAACUACAACAAUGUGGGAAGAUGAAAAAACACUUUGUUAUCAAGUUGAUGCUAAUAAUGUUUCAGUUGUAAGAAGAGCAGAUAAUAAUAUGAUUAAUGGUACUAAAUUAUUAAAUGUUGCACAAAUGACAAGAGGAAGAAGAGAUGGAAUUUUGAAAUCUGAAAAAACUAGACAUGUUGUUAAAAUAGGAUCUAUGCAUUUAAAAGGAGUUUGGAUACCAUUUGAAAGAGCUUUAACUAUGGCACAAAAGGAAAAUAUUGUUGAUUUAUUAUAUCCAUUAUUUGUUAGAGAUAUUAAAAGAGUUAUUCAAACUGGUGUUACUCCAAAUGCAGGAUUAUCUAGUGCUACUACAGGUGCUGGUAGUGAUUCUAAUUCAGCUGUUAAUUCUGUUUCUGUUCCAUCAACUGCUCCAACAGCUACUACAAGUCCAUUAAAUAAUAAAGUUAAUCCUUCAGCAUCAUCAAAUCAAUCUUCUUCUUCAUAUUAUCAAAAUUAUCCAUCCAAUUAUCAACAAUAUCCAUAUAAUGGUAAUGAACAACAAGGUCAAACUCAACCACAACAAUCACAACAAACAGUUCCACCUCAAGGAUCAUCAACUCAAUCAGAAUCAUAUCAACCACAAACUCAACAACAAGCAUAUAAUUAUCAACAACAAAAUUAUUAUCAAAAUAAUCCUUCUACUACUCAGCCACAACAACAACAACAACAACCAUAUUAUCCUUAUCCAUAUAAUCAAGGAAAUAAUGCUUAUCAACAACAACCUCCUCCUCCAGGUCAACAACAAUAUAAUUAUGCAUAUUCACAAACUGGAGGUAGUAAUGCUAGUGGUACUUCAUCAACUAUCCCAUCAAAUACUAAUCCAAAUGCAACUGGUUCAAUUCAUCAAUCACCUCAACAACCACAACAACAAACAACUCAAACCUCACCUAAUCAAGUCUCGCAAUCUAAUCAAUCACCCAUAGUACCUAAAAAUUAA